GUUGUGGGCCUUGAACCAUUUGACUUUGUUGUUCACACAGGAGAGAGACGGGACUAUCGUGGAUCCUCUGGGAAUCCUCAACAACCUCAUGAUGCUGACGAGGCAGAGAAGAGUCUCUCCACAUCAGAACUCCUCCAGAAACACCAGCAGAGACCCACAGGGAAGAAAUCUCAUUGCUGCUCUGACUGUGGAAAGAGAUUCACCUCAUCAGGCAUUAAAAUUCAUCAGAGAACACACACAGGAGAGAAACCUUAUAGCUGUGUUCAAUGUGGGAAGAGUUUUGAUCAAUCUUGCCAUCUGAUUCAACACCAGACAAUACACACAGGAGAGAAACCUUAUAGCUGUGAUCAAUGUGGGAAGUGUUUUACUACAUCUAACCAUCUGACUCUACACCAGAGAACACACACAGGAGAGAAACCUUAUAGCUGUGAUCAAUGUGGGAAGAGUUUUGGUCAUUCUGGCACUCUGACUUUACACCAGAGAAUACACACAGGAGAGAAACCUUAUAGCUGUGGUCAAUGUGGGAAGAGUUUUUGUCAAGCUAGUGAUCUGACAGUGCACCAGAGAACACACACAGGAGAGAAACCUUAUAGCUGUGGUCAAUGUGGGAAGAGUUUUACUCAGUCAACCGGCCUGAUAUCACACCAGAGAACACACACAGGAGAGAAACCUUAUAGCUGUGGUCAAUGUGGGAAGAGUUUUACUGCAUCUGGCUCUCUGACAUUACACCAGAGAACACACACAGGAGAGAAACCUUAUAGCUGUGAUCAAUGUGGGAAGAGUUUUUGUCAAUCUAGUGAUCUGACAGUGCACCAGAGAACACACACAGGAGAGAAACCUUAUAGCUGUGAUCAAUGUGGGAAGAGUUUUGGUGCAUCUAGCACAUUGACUAUACACCAGAGAACACACACAGGAGAGACACCUUAUAGUUGUGGUCAAUGUGGGAAGAGUUUUACUACAUCUAGCAAUCUGACUCUACACCAGAGAACACACACAGGAGAGACACCUUAUAGCUGUGGUCAAUGUGGGAAGAGUUUUACUCAGUCAACCAGCCUGAUAUCACACCAGAGAACACACACAGGAGAGAAACCUUACAGCUGUGGUCAAUGUGGGAAGAGUUUUACUACAUCUGGCCAUCUGACUCUACACCAGAGAAUACACACAGGAGAGAAACCGUAUAGCUGUGGUCAAUGUGGGAAGAGUUUUGGUCGAUCUGGCCAGCUGACAUUACACCAGAGAAUACACACAGGAGAGAAACCUUACAGCUGUGGUCAAUGUGGGAAGAGUUUUACUACAUCUGGUCAUCUGACUCUACACCAGAGAACACACACAGGAGAGAAACCUUACAGCUGUGGUCAAUGUGGGAAGAGUUUUACUACAUCUAGCAAUCUGACUCUACACCAGAGAAAACACACAGGAGAGAAGCCUUAUAUCUGUGAUCAAUGUAGGAUGAGUUUUACUUCAUCUAGCCAGCUGACUUCACACCAGAGAACACACACAGGAGAGAAACCUUAUAUCUGUGAUCAAUGUGGGAUGAGUUUUACUACAUCAAGCCAUCUGAUUCGACACCAGAGAACACACACAGGAGAGAAGCCUUAUAGUUGUAAUCACUGUGAGAAGAGUUUUCCUACAUCUAGGCAGCUGACUUUACACCAGAGAACACACACAGGAGAGAAACCUUAUAGUUGUAAUCAUUGUGAGAAGAGUUUUCCUACAUCUAGCCAGCUGACUUCACACCAGAGAACACACACAGGAGAGAAACCUCUCCGCUGUGAUCAAUGUGACAAGAGAUACUCUGAUAAAAGAUCUCUGAUCAAACAUAAGAAACUAACAUCCCCGAACAUGAGCUCCCUAAACAUCUCCCCUCUCGUUAAAGAAGAGGGGGUCUGCUGGACGGAGAAAGAAGCUUUGGGGCUAAACAUUGUCGUGAAAGAGGAGAAGGAAGAAGAGGAUAUCACAGUAAAAAUAGAAGUAGAGGGUGAGGCUGUUACAGUGAAAGAAGAAGAGAAAGACGUUACAGUGAAAGAAGAGGAAGACGCGUUCAGAGUGAAAGAGGAGGAGGAGGAUGUUACAGUAAAAGAAGAGGAUGCAGUUUUUGGAGUGAAGAUGGAAGGGGAGAUUACUGUCACGUUGAAAGAUGAAGAGGUGGAGAUAGGAGAUCUGAGUAACACCAGAGAGAGACGGGACUAUCGUGGAUCCUCUGGGAAUCCUCAACAACCUCAUGAUGCUGAUGAGGCAGAGAAGAGUCUCUCCACAUCAGAACUCCUCCAGAAACACCAGCAGAGACCCACAGGGAAGAAAUCUCAUUGCUGCUCUGACUGUGGGAAAGGUUGCAAAUCUUCAUCAGAACUUAAAAUACACGCGCGAGUACACACAGGAGAGAAACCUUAUAGUUGUGAUCAAUGUGGGAAGAGUUUUGGUAGAUCUGGCCAGCUGACUUCACACCAGAGAAUACACACAGGAGAGAAACCUUAUAGCUGUGAUCAAUGUGGGAAGAGAUGUACUACAUCUUACUCUCUGACUAUACACCAGAGAAAACACACAGGAGAGAAACCUUAUAGCUGUGAUCAAUGUGGGAAGAGUUUUGGUGCAUCUUGCUAUCUGACAGUGCACCAGAAAAUACACACAGGAGAGAAACCUUAUAGCUGUGGUCAAUGUGGGAAGAGUUUUGUUCAAUCUGGCUCUCUGACUGUACACCAGAGAACACACACACAACACACAGGAGGGAAACCUUUUAGCUGUGGUCAAUGUGGGAAGAGUUUUGGUAGAUCUGGCCAGCUGACAUCACACCAGAGAAUACACACAGGAGAGAAACCUUAUAUCUGUGCUCAAUGUGGGAAUAGUUUUGCUUCAUCAAGCAAUCUGACUUCACACCAGAGAACACAGACAGGAGAGAAACCUCAUAGUUGUGAUCAAUGUGGGAAGAGUUUUGGUGCAUCUUGCUAUCUGACAGUGCACCAGAAAAUACACACAGGAGAGAAACCUUAUAGCUGUGGUCAAUGUGGGAAGAGUUUUGUUAGAUCUGGCCAGCUGACAUCACACCAGAGAAUACACACAGGAGAGAAACCUUAUAUCUGUGGUCAAUGUGGGAAGAGAUGUACUACAUCUUACUCUCUGACUGUACACCAGAGAAAACACACAGGAGAGAAACCUUAUAGCUGUGGUCAAUGUGGGAAGAGUUUUGUUCAAUCUGGCUCUCUGACUGUACACCAGAGAAAACACACACAACACACAGGAGAGAAACCUCAUAGUUGUGAUCAAUGUGGGAAGAGUUUUACUACAUCUAGCUCUCUGACUUCACACCAGAGAACACACACAGGAGAGAGACCUUAUAGCUGUGAUCAAUGUGGGAAGAGUUAUACUACAUCAAGCCAUCUGACUUCACACCAGAGAACACACACAGGAGAGAAACCUCAUAGCUGUGAUCAAUGUGACAAGAGAUACUCUGAUAAAAGAUAUCUGAUCAAACAUCAGGAAAUACAUACAUGAAGUUGUUUCAUGAUAUCAAUGAAAUAAUGUCACAAUGUGGAAUGUUUUAACAUUGUAGUAGGAGUAUUUUAAUGAUGUCACAAUGUAGAAUGUUUUAACAUUGUAGAAGGAGUAUUUUAACGAUGUCACAAUGUAGAAUGUUUUAACAUUGUAGAAUGAGUAUUUUAAUGAUGUUCUACCUUAUCCUUUGCCCUGGUCAAUUGAUUGCAGCAUGAUAUGGAUAUUAGCCUCAGGGGGAAAUCCAGGCCCUGAAUUGAAAGAGUAUUAUUUAACAAAAAGUGACUAACAAAAAAAGAGCUGUGUUACACUUACUGCGUUGGUGACCCACUUUAAUCAAAAUGCAGCACUUCAAAAUGUAGCUAGCUGUUUUCUACAAGUUGAAUAAGCUGCUUGUUUAAAAAAAAUACAUGUAAUAUGAUAAUUGUUGCAGAUGUUUGUGCAUGUACACACAUGAAAGCAGUAUAAUAAAUUGGUCUAUAAUCAAUUUUAUUGACAAUCUGACAUCACUCCAGUAUUUCUUGACAACAUUCAAAUGCUAAUUGUCUUUAUUCCACUACUGAAGAAGCAUGACUCAAAAGUAAUCAUAAUUAUUUAUGCAACCAGCUGACUGUUUUUGUGUAUAAUUAUAUUGACAAUGUUGCCCUGCUUUUAGAAUAUCAGGGUUCAUUCUCAGAUGAGCUAACCCAAAUGCAAGACAUUGGGGACUGGGCCCGACCCAACAACAUGCCUAUCGAGUGAACCCUGAAAGAGAGAGCGAAGUAAGGUGGAACGUUACUACGGAUAUUGCAGGAGUUGGUUGCUGAUUGUCUCAAGGGUGGGCAGUCAACAAGUUUUGCGUUUAGCCAGUGCGUUGCCAUGGAUCACAAUUUAUUUUGACUGCACGUUUUUCCGUAUUGGAGAUGUAGUUUUUUGGGCUCGUUCCAAGGGGACCAGAGUUCUAGAAGCUAGUUAGUUUUAGGAAGAGGAGAGUUCUAGUAGCCAGUACUAUAAUACUAUUGUAUAUUAUUAUUUAGAAAUGUGUUUUUUCUUGUUUUUAAUUGUUGACAGCCAGUAGACACUAUGUUUAUAUUGUAGUUGAUUAUAUGAAAUGGAAGUUGUUUUCUGUUGGAGGUGAGCAUACUUGUCCAACAAAAAUAUAGGAUAUAUUUGUUGUCUAAAGGGGGAAGGUGUUACGGGCUUUGGUUUUUCCAUUUAUGUUUUGAGGUUGGACUUUAGCACGUAUAGCUCGUUAGCACGUAUAGCUCCUUAGCACGUAUAGCUCCUUAGCACGUAUAGCUCAUCAGCACGUAUAGCUCGUUAGCACGUAUGCUCGUUAGCACGUAUAGCUCGUUAGCACGUAUAGCUCGUUAGCACCUAUAGCUCGUUAGCACGUAUAGCUCGGUAGCACGUAUAGCUCGUCAGCACGUAUAGCUCGGUAGCACGUAUAGCUCGUCAGCACGUAUAGCUCGUCAACACGUAUAGCUCAUAGCACGUAUAGCUCGUCAGCACGUAUAGCUCAUCAGGACGAAUAGCUCGUCAGCAUGUAUAACUCGUUAACAUGUAGGACGCACUGAUUGGUGUCACCUCGUUAGUCAGUAUGUGUUACACCUGUGCUGGCUUGUCCAUCUCAUUAGUGGGAAAGUCUUUCACCUGAGCUGGUCCAGGUUCUAUUUAAGAGUGUCUGGCCCAGUGCGCCAGUUGUCUUGAUAGAUGUGGAGAGUCAACACCUUUAGUUGCUCCACCUUUUUGGUUUGCUUCCUGUCUUUAAGUUUGGUGUGGGUUUUUCUUUUGUUUGCCUCUUCUUGGGCAGAUUUAGUGGGUCUCAUGGUGGGUGUCUUUUAGGUCCCAGUUGUUGUUACUAAGUUUAGUUUUUCAGUUAUUCUGUUUUUUA